UAGAAUUUUUACAAAUUCAUUAUUUUGACAAAAUGUCUGACAAAAGCAUCUCACUUCUAUCAGUUAGCAACGAAAUGAAGUUCCAAUUCAACCAGAAUCUCUUUUCAGAUGAUCUUACUGUUGCUCAAACUCCUCAGGUGGUGGAGGAGGAACUCCACAAUAAUUGUGGAGAGAAAGACUUGCGCUUCAACUUUGACCAAGAAAUCUCCACAAGUACCAAAGAAUUGCAUAUUUUUGACAAUGAAGCUAUCGGGCAUCAAGAUGAGUACCGUCAAUCCUUCAUCUGGGAACAAGAAAUGCACUGAGAUAUCAUGCUAGACCACAACUCCUUGUCUAUUGCGAGACACCACCUAGAAAAGGACUCUGAAGAAGAGAAACAACCUGAAGAGAAGAUUAAGGUUCACUUUGAGAUGGACUCUAUUAAAGAUGAUCAAACUUUGAAGAAGCCUAAGAAAACUCUUAAAAAGCCUAAAUCUAAGAAGAAGGUCAAUACUGGUCUUAGGAAGAGGAAAGAUGUAGUCUUUAAAUCUCUGCUUCGUAAAAUAAGGAGUUAUUACUGGAAGAACUUCAAUGACAUAACACAUUUCAAUAUUUUAAAGAAAAAGAACUUAUCUCACACUUUGUACUACGAAUGCUUGAAGAUUUACCUUGAGACUGAGUUUGGGACCAGAAAUCCUGCUGUAAUCACAAAUGAACUCAUCCUGACCCUUGGUGAUCUCAUGACCUCGGAUGGAGCAAGUGGCAGAGAUAUCAACGAAGCAUACCUGACUUUGUACAAAUUCAGCAUUGCAAGACUUAUCAGGCUGUGUAAAAAUCCAGACUUCAUGAUGCUCAUUCAUCACUUCUCAGAUGUCUUUGAAGGGAAAAAGUUGACUAAGGAUGAAAGGAAGGGACUCCAGAUGAUCAAGGAUGAGGCACUUCUUAGCUCACACCAAUAAUUCUCCUAUUUUAAUUAAAAAUCUGCUAGAAAAAUCUUUUAAGAAGCCUGGUAUGGGAAAGUUCUUUAUUUAAGAUAUGUUACUAUCACUAGUUUCAGUCUGUAGGUUAAAACCAACCCAUUUGGUAUAGGAAAUAUCAAUAGAGCGGGAACAUGGGAUGUCCAGGUGAAUCUAUCGCCUCCAGUUUUGAAUAAUCAAUAUUACCGAAUAAGUCUUGAAGCUUUAGAGAAGUUUAUUAUUAGCAUUAUAAGCUACUCAAUUGCCUAAAAUUACCCAAAGUGCUCUAUAAUUAAGUCUUAAAUCCUAAUCUCGGCAAGCUCUAUAAAAUUUAGAGCACGAAAUAAUCUCGAUAUGGACAAUUUUUCACCACUCUGGAAUUUAGAAAGUCUUUAUAAAUAAGGAGAACUUUACGAAAUGACUUCAAACCUUACAUCAGCCAAUAACAGAAGAUAGGCUAAGGACUCUACCUGUGAAGUCUGCCAUCAAUUUGGAGGUUAUAUACCCCCAGAGUUAUCACUAAUUAUUCCGAAUUCUUCGAGUGCUUAAAAUUGCUCACUUCCAUGGUUUAAAUGAAUUCAUUGCAAAUGGUUAAAAAUGGGGUUUAUUCCAUAUAAGUAUUUUUUGAGAAAUAUUAAUUUUGGGUUGUUACAGCUAGAGAGGUUUAGGAUUAGAAUAUUAUAAGGCUCUAGUAAGCUGAACAACCAUUUGUUAACGGCUCAUAGCCCGUUUUGGGGAUUUUUGGAGGAGAUCAUAAUUUGGUGUUGACAAGUGAGAUUUUUAUAACUUAUAACUCUCCGAUUGGUCUUUAUAUUCGGGUGUACUACAGAUAAUAUGCUUCUAAUGAGGAGUUUGGACUAUAAGUGCACGGUUGUUUGAAGUUGAUAAGACAAAAAAAUCUCAUUUUUGGAAUUUUUCACCAAGUUUGAUAAUUGGGUUUUAUAGAAUCAUUGAGACUUAAACCCUGAAAUGCAGAGCUUUUCAAGGUUGGUGAAACCUGAGCUUAUUUACCUCUAAAAUCCAUAAAAAUCCGCAAAACAGGAGUGAGGAAUCAUAUGUCCACUUAGAUCUAGUACCCUAUUUUUUCUCAGGGCUUUUAUACUUAUCUAUCCAUAACAUGAAUG